AUGACCGUCUCGGAAGUUCUCUACGCUAUCGGGCACUUUGUUUGUCGGCCGUUUGCCGACUGCUCGAGCUGCGUCGACGUGCUGGAUCGCAGCUACUACAGCAAGACAUCGCCGGGUGUGUAUGCAAGUCCACAAAUGUUCAACCGCUGGGAGAACGACGUCAAGCACGGCUACACCCGGUCGCGACCGCUGCCAUCCCGUCUACCACCACCACCACCACCAAGGACGCGAAAAAAAGGCGUGACAAAGCGCUCGACGUCGUCAAGUUCACGCCCUCGCUCCGAAUCGUCUUCGAACAAUCUGUCCUACUACAGCUUUGAAGACGAAGAGGAGAGGGACAGACGAGUGCAGUUUCUGUUCUACGGUGGGUGUGAUCCGUUAACGCCCACGUCCAGAGGAGGGCUCGCUGCUUCAACGGGGUAUCGCAGCGAUAUGAUUUCUGAUGCUGUGAGCCUCACCUCGAUCCGGUCCCCGCAAAUUAACCACGAGAUCCCGUGCUUCUUCUCGCCACGAGAUACGCCGCGGUCCUCGAUGUCAGCGUCAAUGUACUCGCCCCACGUGUUUAAGAUCACUGAGCAGCAACAACGACGCAAUGCCCGAAUUCGGAGCAUGCGGAGCUUCAAGUGA